CGUCCCGCUCGGGCUUCGCUCCCGAUCCCGAUCCCGAUCCUAAUCCCGGUCCCGGCCCGGCCCCGCCGGGCCAUGGCGUUCACGCUGUACUCACUGCUGCAGGCCUCGCUGCUCAUCGUGAACGCCGUGGCCGUGCUGCACGAGGAGCGCUUCCUGCGGCACGUUGGCUGGGGAACUGACCAAGGGAUUGGAGGAUUUGGAGAGGAACCAGGAAUUAAAGCACAGCUAAUGAACCUUAUUCGAUCAAUACGAACUGUCAUGAGAGUGCCAUUAAUAGCACUGAACUCCAUUACAAUCGUUCUCCUCCUUUUGUUUGGCUGAAGACACCUCGUGAAAAUCCUCUGGACAUCCAAAGAAGCCAGUUGCUGACCAUCACUGCUCUGAGUUUUCUGGGAUCCAGCACGGUUUAGCUCUCAAUUUGACAUCCGACUUAAAAUAAUAAAGACACUAUUUCUAUUCAUCCUAUUUCCCCAUGUUCCCUUUCAGUUUCAUUAACCAAGAUCACGGGGAUCAAUGCAACAAUGCUGCAAAUAUGUUGGACUGUGACAAGUUCUGUUGCUGCCUGUUCAUAGUGUUGAUGUCAUAGAAUAUUGCAGUGACUGUUAAUAUAAGAUGCAGUUUUUAAAUGUCUCGUUACUCAGGGAUGAAUUUCCUUCAGUACGCUUUCCAAUUUGUUUUUAAAUUGAGGAAAACAGCAAUGUUUUGGUGUGUUGUUUUUUUUUUUUUUUUUAAUUUCAGUUACUACCACAGCACUGUUUCAUAGAAUAUGAACACGUUAUCAAGAAUUCAAUUCACGUUAUAGGGGACUGAAGUCCAGUUGUGAUAUGGAGAUAAAACCAGCUGGGUAAAGUUCUUAUUCUGGCUCACAUUGAAAGUUGAAUUUUCCUGGUUUGAUUGAGAACAGGAUUUUUCUCUUCAAAUCUCUUCAGUAGUUCAUGCUGAUGGUAAAGUCAGCAUGUUGAAAAUAGGUGCAAUUGUUGUGCAAAAUCAAAAAAAAAAAAAAAGAAAAAAAACCCACCUGUGUCUGAAGCUGGGCAACUCUGUAUUAAUUUAGCCUAGCAGGGGAUAUUAAUGAUUAGCAUUUGUUACUCUUUUGUCAGGAGUCAUUAAACUUUUUUGUGUGUUAAACUUCCUCGUGGUGAUUGGUGUGGUCGAAGUGGGGAAGCAUUUGUAUUCUGAGAUUCCUGGGAAAUGUGGGAGAAGGGGAAUACCAUGGGAGAGGGGAAAUACGCUGCCCUUUUCAAAUGCAGUUCUUUGUUAAAAACCCGCAAAUUUGCAGCCUCUUCUGUUACCGCUCCUUCCCCCACCCUCCAUCUUCAUUUGUUAAAUUAACAUCUUCGAAAGUGAAACUGUGGAAAUGACUUUGCAGUUCUGUCGCAGAGAAUAUUGAUAAUUGCUUUGGUACAGGUUUCAGUUAGGCUGCUGAGUUAGGUCUGAUUGAAGAAGCUCAUUCUCAUGUACCUUUUCAGAAAAGUUAGAAUUCUUGUGUCUGUUUCUUUGCUAAAGUGUUUUUACCUUAAUUUUAAUGAGGGGAUGCCAAGGGAAACCUGGCAAUUUCAUUAUUUUAAAACAGCUUAGUUUAUAAUCUCUUCUCCUGACGCCUUGACGUUGUAUAUGAAAAUGAAUCUGUAAUAUGUGUAAAUGCAUUUAAUGAUCAGUUGCAGUGUUUUGGCAGAGUAAAAUAUAUCCAGGAGGA